GCAUGUUGUGCUCUGCCGAGAUUUGAUUUUUUAUUUUUUGUCCGCGAUCUUGGCUUAAAUAACACCAUUUCGACCACGUUACCUGACGCUUGGUGUUUUUUCCCCUGUUGCUAAAUAACUUAGGAGAAGUUCGAGCUUCAAACACCGAGGCAGCGACGCGAAAAGUUCAAAUGGGGUGGGGGUUUAAAAGAAGAGGGAGGGGGGGUCUGAAAGUGUAAACAAAUCUGAUCAGAACUGUUGCACACAGGCGCAUCCAGCCCCGUUUUUUCUCGGCAAUCUGCGUUUUACUCUUCGUCUGUUUUACAUGAGCGGACUUUUUCUACAGAUACGUUUCGAUUCCAAACUUUGGGCGACAUGGACGCGCACCGCGGCGCGCCUCCGGCGGGGCAGCAGGUCGUGCACGUCCGCGGGGACUCCAAGACGGAGCUGGAGGCCCUCUUCAACGCGGUGAUGAACCCCAGCAAGGCGACCAGGCAGCCCCCGUCCGUGCCCAUGAGGAUGAGGAAGUUUCCGGACUCUUUCUUCAAGCCGCCGGAGCCCAGGGGCCACUCCAGACAAGCCAGUUCAGACGGAGGCUUGUGCGGCUCCCUCGCCCCUCAUCACGUCCGCGCUCAUUCCUCCCCGGCCUCCCUCCCAGUCAACUCCCUCUCUGCUCAAGCAGAUGCAGAUGCAGCGGCCACACCAAUCAUACCCGAUGAUGUGCCACUCCCCGACGGUUGGGAGAUGGCCAAGACGUCCACUGGCCAACGGUACUUCAUCAACCACGUGCACAGGACGACCACAUGGCAGGACCCCCGCCUCUCGCAGCUUCAGUCGGCUGCAGCCCAGCAUCAGAUCGCCUGCACCCCGAGCCACGCCCACUCCUUCAGCAACCCAGCUCCCACUACGCAACCAAAAAAUAUUGUUCCUGAGACAGGUCCACUGCCUGAAGGCUGGGAGCAGGCUGUGACUACAGAUGGAGAGAUGUACUACAUUGAUCACAUAAAUCAGGCCACCACAUGGGACGACCCGCGUCUAGCCCCGAAGGUGAACCCGGCCAUCCUCAGUUUGGCAAUGCAGCAAAGACUUGAAAAGCUCAGACUGAAGCAGGGCAUCCCACCACAAUUUGCCCCACAGUUAAAUGAAACUAAGCAUACACGCAUCCAGGUGCAGGAGGCCGGAGGGAGCAACCAGAUGCCCGGCGGGAUGGACCAUGACAGAAGCGCACAGAUGCUUGUCCCGUCAGUGGAUAUCAGGAUCAGGGCCCUAAACCAAGAGCCUAACCUUAAUGGGGCUCACUCUCGCAACGAAAGCACUGACAGUGGCCUGAGUGUCAGCAGCUUAUCACGCACGUCGGACCACAUGUUGAGCUCUGUGGAUCACAUGGACACUGGUGACUCAAGUGAGCCUCCCUCAAUGGGCCUGCAAGAGUCGAUGCCCGUGCUGCCGAUAAAUGAGGACCUGAUGCCCGGCAUCCCCGACAGUUUGACUUCAGACAUGUUGAUGGAAAUGGACACAGUUCUCUCCGGGCCGCACAUGGACAGGGACAGCCUACUUACCUGGCUAUAGACGCAAGCAGCCGCCAUCCGUUUUGAGUGUGGUUUGAAAUCAAGCUUUAGUAGCAUGACUGAGAAUUCUGGAAAAUUUGAGUCGGAUUUAAAAGUGGUGCAGAACAGCUACUCGGAGAGAAUAUGCUACAGAUGUAUGUGAUGGAUAUCUACUUACAGAAUUCACUUCCUGGCGUUUGUUAAAAAAAAACAAAAACAAAUGACUCUCACAAAAGCUGGAGGUUUUCUCUUUUUGGGUCUGGUUUUUGCAAAUGCUCCUCUUCUUUUCAUCCUGGUCCUCCAUCCAAAGUCACACUUGGGAUUGCCACAAAACAGGUUUGAACACAAAAACCUGUUAAAAUAGCAUUAAUGUAACAUAAAGAUUUUAUUUAACAAAAUAAUAAAACAUUAAAAAAAAAAGAUUUAAAGCUCCUAAAUUAGCCAAGUGAUUUGUGAAAGUUUAAAGCAGCAUCUCAUGCUACUACCUCUGAGCAACUUGUGAUUUUAUUACAUGUUAAAACUCUGAGUUGUAUUUUAAAAACAACUUUUAACAACAUUUUUGGCGUAAAGUGAGCAAAGAAUCAAAGGAUUUUUUUUAGGUAAAAACUACGAUAGUUUCGAAAUCUCUGGGCAUCUCUUCUUAAAACGGAGGGAAUGGUGCCCUCUUGUGGCGAGUCAGAAAAUAACAUUUCCUCCCUAAACCUACAUCAGUUGCGCAAGUUUAAAAAUAAGUAAAAGAUUCUCAGGAUCUGUCUGCCUGAGUCAAUAAAUCCAGCCGACUCGAAAGCAUACUGCCAAUGUAUUAGUUUUGAACAUUAAAUAUGUACUUUUAAAACUUUGAGACUUCAAUAUAUAAGCGAAUGAGCACAUGAUCAGGGUGAGGUCCAACAUAAUGCAGGAUUUCCACAGAAAACUGUAAGGACGAUUCAUCAGUUUUUUGUUUUGUGUUUGUUUUUGAUUCUUAGAUUUUCUUUUGUCAAUAAUGAUUUAAAAAAAAACCUUGCGAAAAAAAAAAAUCAUAUCGAUAUUGUCCACCAAUAUUUGGGUAAUUUUAAAACACUUUUAGUAUUUUUUUUGUUUGUUUGUUUGUUUAUUCCAAUAUUUUUAUUGUAGACUUCUAUUCCAUGCCAGCAUUGAACAUGAGCUUCACAGGUGCAGUAUUUAUUUUGGGAUUUCUAAUGAACUCACAGUGCUGAUAGUUGUUUCAUUUUCAUUCUACCAAACUCUUGUUUUGCAAAAAAUCCUCUCUAGUUGCCAUCUGACCUGGGAAAUGUAUGAGGAAUAAUAUUCACAGCCUAAGAUUUUUGCAAUUAUUAUUAUUCCAUAACACCUUUAUUGCAAUACUGGAUUGGAACAUUCCUAGUAUUUCCCCAUCUUUAGUUUGAGCUGUAUCCAUUCAACGGGUCAAUAUGAAAGACACUCAAAUAGUGACAGCCUCUUUUUUCAUCUCAUCAGCUUUAAAGUGUAUAAAAUUCUCCCUUUCUCCUUGACUUCCAACAUUUUAGAUGCUACUUUUUCACUUAUUUCUGAAAAUCUGUUCCAUAUACUGAAUAUUUCUUGAUCCCGUAUUUUCUUUUUAUUCUGCCUUUCACUCAAAAGUCAUGGCAGUGAAUGUUGUUGGUGUCAAAGCAUCAGAAAGUGAGAUUCAAGUGUUUUGUGGAAAGGAAUGUCUAACUUGGCAAACUAGCCGCCUUCAAAUCCCAAACCUUCAUAAUUUUUUUUUUUUUUUUAGAUUUAGCUUUCUAAAUAUUGGAUUGAUUGUUUGUGUGACUCUUACUUGUGUAAAUACAUUUAGAAUUAAAGGACCCUUUUGAAGUGUUUUUAAACACUAAGUUGAUGCCGUACAUUUUUGUAAUACCAUCAGAUCUUCAUUUUUAAAGAAUGCUUUAUCUCAUGAUUGGUUUUGAGGUUUAAGCUAGCCAUACAAGCUUGUAGUGGAGAUAAAAUUAUGCCAUUAAGAUGCAACGGUUUGUUCGAUCAUGCAGGUGACUGCAGGGGUCAAUUUGAUGAAUUUUUCCUUAUUCUAAACAUGAGAUCAAUUUUGAUUUUACUCCCGACCGUAUGUUUUUACUAUUCAGCCAAUAUCAAUCCAAAACAUGUAGCUGCCCAGAUGUAACAAAUAUUGGUAAGAAUAGUUGUUGUUUUUUUUUGUUUUGUUUUUU